CAAAACAAAAAUAGCGAUAGAUUGAAUUGGAAUUAGCGUGGAAUGUUAAAACGUGCCGACAUAACAUUAACAUAAUUUCAAAAUUAUUGUGUUUUUUACAAUUUAAUAUUUAAAAAUACUAAUUGUGAAAAUGAGUGACACCUCACUUAAAAUAAAUAAUUCUGACUAUACAGUUUAUGCAUCAGCUGCUUGCAAUCCAACUCCCCAUUGCGCUGACUGGGGCGACAAUGGGUUGAUUGUUUUCGGCGCACACUUUUCCGUAGCAGUCGUUGAUCCAAAUUAUAACGGCUCCGCCAAACACAUUGCUACUUAUAAAGGACAUGAAGCUCGUGUUAAUGCAGUACAUUGGUUACGGUUGCCGUCCGGCGAACCAGAGUCAUACUUCAUAUCAGGAGCUGAUGAUUGUAAAGCUUGCAUUUGGCACUUUGAUAAAACAUCCGAUGUUGUGCGUUUUGAACCACUUAUACACGAUGGCCCAGUCACAGACAUUACAAGUCUUUAUUUGCCACACAAUAAUUGGUUAAUUGCCACAGCUGCUGAGCAGACUGUAACAUUGUGGAGCUUCAACAACUCAAACAUAGAACUAGUGCAAAAAAUAAGCAACACCAAUAGUUACACGCUUGGUCUCAGUCUAUUUCGUAUGCCAAAAAGCGAACAAUUUCUUUUGGCUUUUGGAAAUGAUAAGGGCAACAUAUAUCUAUGGGCGCAAGACAAGCCGCUGAAAUCCAAUAGCACUGAGGAGGAUGCAAAACCAUUUCGUAUGGUGCAUCACAUGACCGGUCAUGAGGACUGGGUGCGUGCACUUGAUGUUAUCGAAGAUGGCGACGACAUUUUAUUAGCAAGUGCGGCUCAAGACAAUUUCAUACGACUGUGGCGUAUUUCGAAACGCACGCAGGAGCAGGCACUUGAAAAUAGAGUAGAUAUUUGUAAUAUAAUGGAAGAAGAAUCCAUUGAAAUACGUGUAGAGGAGAAAAUUAUACAUUUAAGUGAAAGCAAUUGGUGUGCGAUUAGCUUGGAAUCGGUGCUUUACGGACACGAAGGUUGGGUGUAUGGCGUGAACUGGCACCGAUCAAAGGAACAUGGUCUACGUUUGCUAUCCGUUUCAAUUGAUAAGUCAAUUAUCAUUUGGGCACCUAGUGAAGAUGGUGUAUGGAUGGAACAGGUGCGUGUUGGCGAGGUCGGCGGUAAUUCUUUGGGAUUUUAUGGCGGAAAAUUCUCCAGUGACGGCAAAUCCAUAUUUGGACACAGUUAUCAGGGUGGUUUCCAUAUUUGGCAUCAAAUGGCGGAUAAUGAAAAUCUUUGGUCACCCGGUGUCAUAAUAGGUGGACAUUUCGACGAAGUACGCGAUUUGGCUUGGGCACCAAAUGGUGAAUUUUUAGUGAGCGUGUCCGCUGAUCAGACUACACGCAUACAUGCACCAUGGCGACGUGCCAAUGAUCAGAGCGAUGAUAUGAUAACUUGGCAUGAAUUAGCACGUCCGCAAGUGCAUGGAUAUGAUAUGCAGACAAUUGCAAUACUCUCACGCUACAAGUUUGCGAGUGGUGCAGAAGAGAAAAUUGUACGCACAUUCCAGGGAUCUGCGAAUUUCAUUGAAAACUUCCGACGCAUAACCGGUGCUCAAGAUGAUGCUGAGGGCGAUGCCUUAUUGGAAACUUUACCAAAAGGUGCCUCUGUACCUUCACUGGGUCUAUCAAAUAAGGCCGUAUACAGUGCUGACAUUGAUUCGGUUUCCAAAGAGAAGCACAUUAAAGAUGAAUACCCUGAAAAUUAUUUCAUACCGGUCACACUGGACUCACCGCCACAAGAAGAGACACUCAUGCAAAAUACGCUUUGGCCAGAAAUGCAAAAGCUUUACGGUCAUGGCUUCGAAAUUUAUGCACUGGCCGCUUCACCAGACGGCAAAGUUUUGGCUUCGGCAUGUCGCGCCACAAACGAGGAGCAUGCGCAAAUAAUACUUUGGGACACCAAUACGUGGAAGCAAAUUCAAAAACUCCCGGCGCAUAAACUCACAGUAACCCAAAUGCGAUUUUCACCAAAUGGCCGGCUCUUGCUCUCUGUCUCACGCGAUCGCACCUGGGCACUUUUCGAACGUGUUGAAGAUUCAACCACCACGAAUAAUCAAUACACUUAUCGUUUGAAACAAAAAUCGGCUGCUAAAAUGUCGGUGCAUAGUCGUAUAAUUUGGACAUGUGAUUGGUCGCAUGAUGGCAAAUAUUUUCUGACUGGUGGUCGAGAUGCAGUGCUCGGCGUAUGGACGCAAAUUGAAAAUAAUGAAUGGGCCGUGUGCCUCAAGGAAACUCACUCAAACCCAGUGACUGCACUUGCACUCGCACCAAAACUAGUAAGGACUGGAGUGUAUCAGCUUGCCUUAGGUUUUUCGAAUGGUGAUAUUUUGCUGCAACAGUUUGAAGAAGUUGGAAAACAAUUGAACGCUCUAAGCGACACCAAAGUUAUUUUUGAGAAAGCGCAUGACUCUGCUGUGAAGCGAGUGCAAUUCCAGCCAUUACGUGAAGCGAAUAAUAGUAGUGCUGACCAUUUUCUUCUUGCUAGUUGCGGUGACGACCAUUUCGUUAGAAUAUUUAAGUGCCCACAUACAUUUGAGCACAAAAAAACGUGAAUGCAAUAAAUAUCUGUGGAUGCAUGAAUAUCAAAAGUAAUAAACAAAACAAUUGUACAUACACAUAUUUUUUUAUUGAUAAAAUCAAUUCACUUUAAAUAAACACUUAUUUUAACAUAGA